AUGGCGAAAAAAACUGCAUCAUGGAGUUACAUUCUGUCGUCGGUUGCUGUCCUGGGUGCAGGUGUCCUGCUUGCAACAACUUCAACAUCUCUUUCUAAAGAACGUGUAGGACGUGCGGUGCUACGAAGGCAAACUGUUGCUCCUCCACCAAUAAUUCCAAUUCAACCUGCAGCCUACCCCUCCGCUGAUGAGAGUUUGAUGAUUACUGGUGCCUUUCUGACUGACCCCAUCGUGACAUCAGCACUGGCAUAUGUCCAAUCGAUUGUUCCAACUGCAAUGUUGAACAUUCCACCUGCGGCCUAUGUUUCAGGCUCAAAAGUUAAUUACACGGCUAAUCCUAUCGCUACGUGUUACUGGCCAGUCGGCUUGUGUACACGCACAACGGUUGGAGACUGGGGUGCCCCCGAUAUUGUCUAUUGUCCUCAAGAUUAUCAAUGGGGACUCACUUUUGAUUUACCUGUACUUCGUAUUCAGUAUGACGACGCUCCAAGCGAAAAGAAGGUCAACGGAAGCCAUUACAAUGACACCAUUGCGCUCAUGGAUCAACUGGAUUCUAUGAACAUAAAGGCCACCUUUUUUGUUACAGGUUCACAAUCCAUCUACUUUCCGACUAGUGUAGCUGCUAUCGCGACACGGCAGCACCAUGUCGCACAUCACACGUGGUCUCACCACCCGUUGACAAGCUUGACAAAUGAACAAGUCGUUGCUGAAAUGAUGUAUACUGCUGCCACCAUCUUCAAGAAUACUGGCCUCAGUGUUCGCUACUUUCGCCCAGCUUAUGGUGAUAUUGAUGAUCGUGUGCGUGCCAUUGCCAAUGCUUUAGGCUUCCGAGUGGUUUUAUGGGACGACAACUAUGAUUCUGUAGAUGCCGUUAGUUCAAGUGCUGUAAAUUACGGAAAAGUUCAAACCAAAAUUGCCUCGUGGUUCAACACGGCCAAAGGUUUUAUUUCGCUUCAACACACAAUCAAUCCCUUCACAUCGGGCACGUCCAUUGCCGCACUCAAAACCAUUCAAUCUUUGGGUGGUAUUAAGAACCGGAUGAUGCCUGUUCCCCAAUGUCUAGGCGAUAUUCAAUGGUAUAAGAACGCACAAGUCACGACCAUUUUCAACUCUUGCACAAUGCCAGGUGGAUAUUGUGACAAUGUGCCAUCGCCCACUGUUUCUUCUGUGGCUAGUUCAACCACUACAACAGUUAUCAAUACAAGUCCCAGCCAGGCCUCAUCUGUGGCCCCUUCUGCAGACCCGUCUUCAAGUGCCAUGUCUCAGGCAGCAGUAACCUCCUCCGUUGUGCCUUCUGCAAUCCCAUCUGCAAGUUCGACCCAGGCUUCUUCGGUAGUUCCUUCGUCAGACCCAUCUACAACUACUUCGAGCGCACUUUCUCAAUCAACAGUGAUUUCGCCCAUCUCUACUGUAACAACCACCACUACAAUUUAUGUUAUCUCGCCUGCUGUAACGCAAUCCGUAGUUCCAGCUGCACCUGCAUCUCCUUCUUCCACCCCUCAGACUCAGAUCGGUGAAACUACAAGUGCUUUAUCGACAUCUGGUUCUUUAAGUGUGGCUUUGGGAAGGGUGGCAGCAUUUUUUGUUGUGCCGUUGCUAGUAGUUGGGGCGCUGGGAACAGCUGGCGCAAGUAACCGUAGUCAAGGGCUGCCUGAUUCACCACAAUGGAACUUCUACGCCGAUUUUGCUCCUGCGGAAGAAACAACCUUAAAAAGUCAACGUAGCCAAUCGAUCGCUUGUAAGCAGAGAGGACGUUCAGUGUUAAAAAGACAAGUUGCUCCACCACCAGCAAUUCCACUUCAGCCUGUAGCUUAUCCUUCGGCAGAUGAGAAUCUCAUGAUAUCUGGUGCCUUUUUGACAGAUCCCAUUGUCACGUCAUCUCUGGCAUAUGUGCAAUCUGUUGUUCCAGCUGCAACGUUGAACAUAACGCCUGCGACCUAUGUGUCAGGCUCAAAAGCAACAUAUCAUGCUGAUCCGGUCGCCACCUGUUAUUGGCCAAGCAAUCUAUGCACGCGCACCACCACUGGAGACUGGGGUGCCCCAGAUAUUGUCUAUUGUCCCAAAAACUAUCAAUGGGGUUUGACAUAUGAUGACGCUCCAAGCGAAAAGAAAGUCAACGGAAGUCAUUACAAUGACACCAUUGCUCUCAUGGACCAACUGGAUUCUAUGAAAAUCAAAGCAACUUUUUUCGUCACAGGAUCACAAUCUGUCUACUAUCCUGACAGUUUGGCUGCUAUUGCUACUCGACAACAUCAUGUUGCCCAUCAUACAUGGUCACAUCACCCGAUGACCAGUUUGACAAACGAGCAAGCAAGCGAUUUGCUUAAAGUGGUUGCUGAAAUGAUGUAUACUGCUGCAAUAAUCCACAAGAAUACUGGUCUCAGUGUUCGUUAUUUUCGCCCUUCUUACGGUGAUAUUGAUGAUCGGGUUCGUGCCAUUGUCAAUGCUUUAGGCUUCCGAAUUGUACUAUGGGAUAACAAAUACGAUUCUACAGAUGCAGACGUUGGCGCCACUGCUGCGAAUUUUGGAAAGUGCCUAGGCGACGUUCAAUGGUACAAGAACACACAAGUCACGACUAUUUUCAACUCCUGCACAGUUCCAGGUGGAGACUGUGACGAUGAACCAUCUGCCACAAUUUCAUCCGUACAUUCGACAAAAUCCCCAUCUAAAUCAGCUACAGCCGCCUUACCAACCGCCUCACCGCAUGUUGUUAGCAUUCUAUCGUCUGGUGCUGUGUUGGUCGGUACAGUUUUGUUUGCAACGUCUUUGGAAUCUACCAGUGAACGAUUUGGACGAUCAGUGAUCGAAAGGAGACAAUUAUCAGCACCUCCUGCUAUUCCGUUGCAGCCUACUGCUUACCCGUCUGCAGACGAAACGCUCUUCAUCAGUGGGACUUAUUUGAAUGAUCCGAUCGUUACCUCGGCCUUGGCAUAUGUCAACUCUGUGGUUCCAGCUUCCUUGUUGAAUCUUGCACCAUCAACGUACAUUCAGUAUUCGGAUGUCACUUAUCACGCUGAUCCUACCACAAGCUGUUAUUGGCCAAAUAAUCUAUGUACUCGUACUACAGACGGCCCUUGGGGAGCCGCCGAUAUUAUCUAUUGUCCUCAAAACUACCAAUGGGGGCUCACUUAUGAUGAUGCUCCUAGUGAUAAUAUUGUCAAGACCGUACACACCAAUGACACCGUUGCUAUCAUGGACCAAUUGGACGCCAUGAACAUUAAAGCCACAUUUUUCGUCACCGGAUCGCAAUCCACGUACUAUCCUGCAAGCUUGGUUGCCAUUGCCAACCGCAAUCAUCAUGUUGCUCAUCACACUUGGUCACAUCAUCCAUUGACUAGUUUGACCAAUGCUCAAAUUGUCGCUGAAAUGAUGUACACCGCUGCCAUCAUUCACAAGAACACUGGUCUUAGUGUUCGCUACUUUCGUCCUCCUUAUGGUGAUAUGGAUGAUCGUGUUCGUGCUAUUGUUAAUGCUUUGGGCUUCCGGAUAGUCAUUUGGGACGGAAAGUAUGAUGCUACUGAUGCUGAUGUUACUGCCAAUGCUGCUAACUACGGUGUUGUCGAAAACAUCAUCAGCUCAUGGUUUAACACUGCACCAGGUUUCAUUUCCCUGCAACACACCAUCAGUACCUUUACAUCAGGCACAUCCAUCGCUGCGCUCAAAAAGAUUCAAUCGUUGGGAGGUAUCAAAAAUCAAAUGAUGCCAGUUCCUCAAUGCUUGGGUGAUACUCAAUGGUACAAGAACGCACAAGUCACAACCGUUUGGAACUCUUGCACCAUUCCUGGAGGAUGUGGUGCCGUUGUUGCUUCACCAGCUGCAUCGCCUGUGCAAGCCUCGCCGGUAGUACCAUCGCCGGUACAAGCCUCGCCGGUAGUACCAUCACCAGUGCAACCUUCGCCGAUAGUACCAUCACCGGUUGCCUCCACUGCGCAAUCCCCCACAGCUCAGCUCUCUUCAGUAGUCGGUCCGACUUCUAUCUCAUCUGUCACAAACACGACUCCCAGCUCAUCCCAAACGAUAAUGCCUUCCGUAAUGGCAUCUGUAGCCCCAUCUGUGGCAGCAUCUAGUGCACCUUCGAACUCGGCGGUGGUCUCUUCCGGGGCGGCCACAGCAAGCGACACCCCUCAAAUUGGUGGAAACGCACUCUCGACGUCUGGUUCUGUUGGAAAAACUUUCGGAAGAGUUGAAACAGUGCUGAUGGUGCCUUUGUUAGUAAUAGCAGGGUCGCUUGUUUGUUAG